UGGGUGUGUGUGUUGGUUAUUGGGAAACUAAAAUCCCACCCUCUCAGACGCAAUACAUUUACACUUUUUUUUUAUUAAACAUAAAUCUCAAAAUCUCUUCUCUGAUUUCUUUCUCUCUCUCACACACAAUAUAGUAAUUUCGUAUUUAUUAAUGAUGAAUCCUCCAGCCGUACUGAUUCGCCAUCUUUUCACCUCUUUAAUGAAUUCUCUCCUCACUCCCUCCUUCCCUUUUAACUUCACUUUCUUCUUCUGAUAACCCAACUCCUUAAGAAAGCUCACUUCUUUUUCCCCUGAUUCCCUUUGUGUCAUCAUCUUUCAUCAUCUUCUUCUUCUAAGAAUCAACAACAAUGCAGAGCAGCUUCAAAACCGUUCCUUUCACUCCUGAUUUCUACUCUCAGUCUUCUUACUUCUUCAGAGGAGAUAGUUGUCUUGAGGAGUUUCAUCAACCAGUCAAUGGUUUUCACCAUGAAGAAGCUAUCGAUUUAAGUCCAAAUGUCACUAUUGCUUCAGCUAACUUACACUACACGACGUUUGAUACGGUUAUGGAUUGUGGUGGUGGUGGUGGUGGUGGCUUGAGGGAGAGACUUGAAGGAGGAGAAGAGGAGUGUUUGGACACAGGGCAACUAGUGUACCAGAAAGGGACAAGAUUAGUAGGAGGAGGAGUAGGAGAAGUGAACAGCAGUUGGUGUGAUUCGGUUUCAGCUAUGGCUGAUAACAGUCAACAUACUGACACUUCCACAGAUAUUGAUACUGAUGACAAGACUCAGUUGAAUGGAGGUCAUCAAGGGAUGCUAUUGGCUACAAAUUGUUCAGAUCAAUCCAAUGUGAAAUCUAGUGAUCAAAGGACACUUCGUCGACUUGCUCAGAACCGGGAGGCUGCUAGGAAAAGUCGGUUGAGGAAAAAGGCAUAUGUUCAGCAACUUGAGAAUAGUCGAAUCAGGCUUGCACAGCUAGAGGAAGAGCUCAAAAGAGCUCGCCAACAGGGAUCUUUGGUUGAAAGAGGAGUUUCAGCGGAUCACACGCAUUUGGCAGCCGGAAAUGGUGUCUUUUCAUUUGAAUUGGAAUAUACACGUUGGAAGGAAGAACAUCAAAGAAUGAUCAACGACUUAAGAUCGGGUGUGAAUUCGCAGUUAGGUGACAACGAUCUACGCGUUCUAGUGGAUGCUGUGAUGAGUCACUAUGAUGAAAUAUUCAGGCUAAAGGGAAUUGGUACUAAAGUUGACGUCUUUCAUAUGCUCUCAGGCAUGUGGAAGACACCUGCCGAGAGAUUUUUCAUGUGGUUAGGUGGAUUUAGAUCAUCAGAGUUACUUAAGAUAUUGGGGAACCAUGUGGAUCCAUUGACGGACCAGCAGUUGAUAGGCAUUUGCAACCUUCAGCAAUCGUCUCAACAAGCAGAGGAUGCAUUGUCACAAGGCAUGGAAGCUCUACAACAAUCACUUCUCGAGACGCUUUCUUCUGCUUCAAUGGGUCCAAACUCUUCAGCAAAUGUUGCAGAUUAUAUGGGUCAUAUGGCUAUGGCUAUGGGCAAACUUGGCACUCUUGAAAACUUCCUUCGCCAGGCUGAUUUAUUGAGGCAACAAACUCUGCAACAGCUUCACAGAAUUCUCACCACACGACAAGCUGCUCGCGCCUUUUUGGUCAUCCACGAUUAUAUUUCUCGGCUUAGAGCACUUAGCUCUCUAUGGUUAGCCAGACCUAGAGACUAAAUAAAAAGCCUGCAUGAGUCAUGAUGACCAAAGGAAAAGCAUAGUUCUGGUCUUAGGUUUUCAUAUUUACAUAUUUUUAACUAAAAGACCCAUAACGCUCUUCUCUUUAGUGUAUUAGAUCAUCUGUUUAUUUAGUUGGUAGUGAACGUUACCAUUCAGAAUC